GACAUGCACUACUACUCGAGUAUCCAUUGAUGACAGUGACGAUGUCUGCUACUGUGACAGUCUGUCCUUGACGUGAAGGCACGCCUCGCCUGGUCGUACAAUGGGGGGACAGCCUUGUAGCUUGACAGACACCCAGAUCUACAGCGUCAGCGGCCCCCCUACCAGCUCGCGGCGGCAUCGACGGUGGACAAGACGAACUAUGCUAGCGGGCUGAUGAAGUGGCCGAAGAAGCGAGUCAGGUAGCUCAAUCGGCUGAGGGAUAAGUUCUCGAGCUUUCUUUGAUUGUUCUAUCGGAUCCUUCUCGUAGACUGUGGUUGACAUAUAAAUACCUCGAUUCGUCUGGCUUGUAUAGACCGACAGACCACCACCAGCUGGCACUGUCAAGAUAACAACAAGGCUAACGGCCGGCGGAUAGCAUAGACAAUGCCAUUCACUGCGGAGGAUUUCAACAAGGCCAUGGCCCCAUCAACCGACGAGCGGACGACAUACAAGGGCAACUGUCACUGCGGCAACAUCCGGUUCAUUAUCAACAACAUCGCGCCCUUGGAGAAGGGCAAGGCCGUCCGCUGCAACUGUUCGAGCUGCAUCAAGCAUGGCUACUUGCUCAUCUACCCAAGGAUCGAGGACGUCGUCUUUACCCACGGCAGCAUGGACUCGAUGUCCGAGUAUCGAUGUGCCACCAUGUCUCGGCCGCAUAAAUUCUGCGGGAACUGCGGUACGCCAGUCAUGAUCCAGCUGGAGCAUGGAGACACACCCCACCUGCGAGAGAACAUCGCCGUUAACAUCCGAACCCUGGAAGACGUCGAUGAAGUGCUGGACAAGAUCCAGUUCCUAGAAUUCGACGGGAAGCACGAGAUUGGGGAAGAGUAUACCCUGCCUCCUGUCUAGCUGGACCAAGCCUGACCACUCACUCUGCUCCUCUCAUGUCAGCCAUGCAGCGAUGUGCUGUGCUGCGUGUGUGUAUAUCUAUAUAGCUUCAAUAUAACUAGCAACCAUCUCCAAUCGUGCGGUGCAAUCCCUUCCCUCCUGCUGUAUGCUGCAUGCACUCCGCAAAGCUGCCUGCCCAACGCUCUCUCCUCCCGGCGCAGAAACAGGCUGCCCUGUCAGCGUCUUCCUGCUCUGCUGCGUCUUCCUCGUCUUUUUGCUGCCCAAAC